UGUCCUUCAAAGUUCGGCCUGGAGGCUUUCUCAGACAGUUUAAGGAGGGAGAUGCGCGAAUUUGGCGUGAAGGUUUCCAUCAUUGAGCCGGGAGCGUUCAGGACCCCCGCGUGCGUGGCUGUGGAUAGUUACAUAAAUAACUUGAACCGAAUGUGGGAGAAACUUCCGGCGCAUAUUAAGGAGAGCUAUGGAGAGGACUACCUCAAGGGAUGCAUCAAGGGUCUGCAAGCAUUACCAGCAUCAUCCAGUCCAAAGACGUACCAAGUCUCAGAUUGUAUGGAGCACGCCCUGACCGCUGUCCACCCCUGGACCCGGUACUCACCCGGCUGGGACUGCAAGCUGCACUACCUCCCUCUCUAUCAUACCUCCCCACCGCCAUCUCUGACUAUUGGCUGGGCCAGUUUUCUCCCAAACCUGCUAACAGGACAUGAUGGAAGAAAU